AUGAAUCCGUCGACACCCACACGGAGCCGAGGUACAACGGCGGCGUUGUCGCGCGGUAUGGGUAUGCUUUCGCUUGACUCGCCGCUAGCGGAUGUCCCAAGGAAUAUGCUGGGAUCGCCAAGGCACACGGCCAAAGGUAAAGUCACUCGUAUGGUCGUGCCGCCAUCUUCGCAUGCGCCGCGUCUCGACAAGGAAGACAAAAUACCAGGCACCUCGAACGAUGUGGAUCGCCGUGGUGUCGUGUCCAAAGACUGGGAGGGCCCCGAGGUAUCACUGGCACCACGCCGACGAAACUCGGCGAUGGUCUCGCGUGGCGACCGAUACAUCCCCAAUCGCGAGCUCUUGCGGUCAGGCCACAGUGCGCCGUUCUUGGAAGAUGGUGCAGGCGAAGCGCUAUCGCGUCCCAGCAGCCGCGCCUCGAGUCCGUCGGAAGCCGGCGACUUGGACACAGCACCUACAGCCUCGGCGCUGGAAGGGGCCUGCCAUGUUGAGCUCGGUCAGCGCAUUCUUUCGUUCUCGGCAGCGCCACCGACGGCAAGCCAUGCAAAGGAUGUUCGUGCGCGCUAUGCGCCAAAAUCCAAAAGCACCUUGCCCUCGAGUCUGUUAGCCGCAGGUCGCCGACGUAUUCCUACGGCGCCGGAACGUGUAUUGGAUGCGCCGGCCAUUGUACCUGACUUUUACGUGAACUUGUUGCACUGGUCGAGUCAGAAUGUGAUUGCCAUUGCGCUGCAAUCCGCCGUGCAUACGUGGAACAGCGAGACGGGCGAGGCGAAUUUCCUGCUGGACCUGGAAGAAGAAGGCGAACGUGUCGGUGGUGGUCCAGGUAGUUUGAUCACAAGUCUACGCUGGGACGCUCAUGGCACGAUUUUGGCGGUAAGCACCGAUCGUGGGUACACUCAGAUCUGGGAUGCGGAGCGUGGUGUGCGUCUGCGUACGCUACGUCCCAGUGUGGAAGGUGGUGCCGAUGCGGCGGCCUUGAAUGCGGCGGCAUGGGCCGUGGAUGGUACUUUGAGUGUGGGGUACGCUAGUGGUCUGCUGCGCGAGCACGAUGUGCGUCAGCGUGCAAGUGAGACGCGAUCCAUUGAGCAUGCCCAUGCGGCGCAAGUGUGUGGCCUGGCCUGGCGAGAGGACAGUGCGUUGCUUGCGAGUGGCGGCAACGACAACGUGGUGAAAGUAUGGGACCGACGAACCAAUGUGGCCAAGAUGCGUAAGGAGAAUCAUCGUGCGGCAGUCAAGGCGUUGGCAUGGUCGCCGCACAACAGCAGUCUGCUUGCGACAGGGGGUGGCAGUGCGGACCGGUGUAUUCACUUCUGGAACACAACGCAGAACACGCGUGUACAAACGAUCCAGACAGCCGCGCAAGUCACGUCCUUGCAAUGGGCGCCGCAUUACCGUGAAAUUGUGUCAGCCCAUGGUGUGGGCACGACCGAGGGCCAAUCAGGCGCAUUGUGUGUGUGGGCCCAUCCCUCGGGCCAAAAAGUGGCCGAGGUGUCGAGCGCGCAUGAUGGCCGUAUUUUGCAUACGACGCUCAGUCCCGACGGCCAGACGCUCGCCACGGUCGGCAGUGACGAAAGUCUUAAGUUUUGGCGGCUGUUCGAGCAAGCGCCCGACGCUGGAAAGGCGCAGCAGCGUGGUGUGCUCCCUGGCACGUACAAGGGUCUGGCACGUGCUGCGCCGGCACGAUCAUUACGUUGA